AUGUACUCUUUGAAGCAGCUGCGGGCGCGGCUGGGGGCGGCGGAGCUGGUAGUGGGCCCGCCGGCCGCGGGGCGGCUGGCGGCGCCGGGGCACCAGGCCCUGCCGCUGGCGGCGCCGCCCGCAGCGGCCGCGCCGGGCGGCUCGCUGGGCGCGCUCGUGCCCUUCGUCGGAUCCGUAUCGUCCCACGCCGUCGUCGCCCGCGUCUCGCCCCCCGCGCCCCGCCUGUCCGCCGCCCCCGCCGCCCCCGGCGGCGCGCUGCGCUGCGGGCAGCCGCAGUGGCUGGGGCUCCUGCUGGCGCCGCUGCACGGCGCGCCGCGGCGCGCGCGGGUGCGGCUGCAGCCGGGGCGACACCUGGUUCUGCUGGGCGACCCCUCUGAUGCCGCGGCGGCUGCAGACCUUCUGGCCGGCGGCGGGAGCUUCCAGGCGCGAGACCUGGUGGUGCCCACGGCGCAGCAGGUGCUGGUUCACACGCUGACUCAGCAGCACAUCCCGGGCGGCGGCGGCGGCAGCAAAGAGGGAAGGGCGGAGGAGCGUCAGGGUGUCAAGCGGGGGCAGCAGCGGGCAGUGGCGGCGGGCGGCGGAGGGGCAGGCGCGGAGGGCGGCGGCGGCGGCGGGAGCGGCGGCGGCUGGGACGCGGGCCGGUGGGCGGUGAUGGAGAGGGGCUGCCUCGAUUUGGGGGCGGCGGCGUGCGAGCGCCCGCUGCUGGUGUGGCUGCAGGUGCUGGUGGGGACGCCCCUGGGCGAGCCGGCCACCAUCCGGGUGCAGCCGCCGGCAGGCGAGAGCGGGCCGGAGGGGCGCGGCGGCGGCGGCGGCGGGGCGGGAGGCGCGGGGCCGGGGUCGGGGAGGUGGAGGGCGCCCUGGGCAGCGAUGGAGCUGCACGCAGAGUACUUCGACGGCAUGUGGCGCUCACACAGCUCCUGCCUCGAAGUCCCCCUCCGCCAGCCCGUCACCGCCCGCCUCCGCGCCCACCAGCUGCCGGCCCCCGCCGCCCGCGCCGCCGCGCCCGGAUCGGCGGCGCCGACGGCCGGCGCGGAGCCGCCCAUCGCGCUGCACCUGCUGCUACAAGCGGACGCCGCGUGCGCUGUGGUGGUGCGGGACCUGCAGCUGUCGCCGCAGCCAGGCCUGCAGCUGCACCCCGCGUUCCCGCCGCCGCCGGCGUGGCUGCUGCCCCUCGAGCUUCCGGCCGGCGGCAGCGCGGGCGUCACGUUUGUGCUGCAGCGGGCCAGAGGCGUCGCGCCUGCAUACGGCGGGGAUAGCUGUGGCUCGCUCACUGUGACCUACACCCUCGCCGCGGGCCCCGAGUCGCAAGCGCAGGCGCCGGCGCUGUGCCAGCAGCUUGGCGGCGGCAUCAGCGUCGGCGCCGCCAGCGCGCCCCGGACGCCGCCGCGCCGCACCAGCGCCGGCGCGGCGGCCGCGCGCGACGGCGACUGCCUGCUGCGGCUGCCCUUCUUCCUCGAAAUCGACGCGCAGCGGCAGCAGCCGCGGGGGCGCCAGCAGCGGCCGCACGUGCGAAUCAAGCUCCUGGGGCCGCAGUCGGCGCGGCUCGGCGACGCUGUCUCGCUUACGUGGCAGCUCACGCGGGUCGCCGACGCGCCGGGGUUUUCGCCGGCGCCGGCAACAGCGCCAGGGCAAAGGGAGGCGGGCGGCCCGCGCUGGCCGGCCGCGGCCGGCGGCGGCGACGGGGAGGAGGAGGACGGGGCCGGCGACGGGCGCGACGGCGGCGAAUCCUCGGACGACGUGAUCUGGUACGAGCUGCACUUCCGAGGUUUGGGGGUGGCGGCGUCGGCGUCGGCGUCCUCAGCGGCGGCCGGCGGCUCCGGCGGCGGCCGGCGGCCGCCCGACGACUACGGCGGCGAGGGCGAGGGCGUGGCGGCCGCCGCGCCCGGCGCGCGGCGGCACGGCAGCGUGCGCCUCGGGCGCGCGGCCGGCGCGAUGGCGACGGUGGAGGCGACGGCAGUGGCGCGGGCGCUGGGGCCCCAGGACGCCCCGCGGCUGGUGCUGGUCGGCGUUCCGGACUCUGAGCAAGAGCGGGCGGGCGACGACUCAGUUUUCGUGUAUUCUUCCUGA